ACUGGAAACACUGAGGUGGAGGUUACAACACUGCGUGGCUUUCUAGAAGAUGACCAUAGAGGAUCUCCCAGAACCUUCCUUAGAAGGAGAUUCCCUCACUGAAAGGGAUCCAUUUUUAUUUCCAAGCUCAGAAUCAUCUGUUACUUUUUCUGUUGCUGCAGCACCAAUGCCUUCAGACUGUGAAUUUUCCUUUUUCGAUCCUAAUGAAGCAGCAUGCCAAGAAAUACUUUUCAACCCCAAAACAUCAGUUUCUGAACUGUUUGCUAUCUUAAGGCAGUGGGUCCCACAGGUCCAGCAGAACAUUGAUAUUAUUGGAAAUGAGAUCAUUAAAAGAGGUUGCAAUGUGAAUGACAGAGAUGGACUGACUGAUAUGACUCUCUUGCAUUACACUUGCAAAUCAGGGGCUCAUGGUAUUGGUGAUGUUGAAACUGCUGUAAAAUUUGCCACACAGCUUAUUGAUUUGGGUGCUGAUAGUAGUUUACGCAGCCGCUGGACAAAUAUGAAUGCUUUGCAUUAUGCUGCUUACUUUGAUGUUCCAGAACUUAUUAGUGUAAUUUUGAAAAAUGCAAAGCCAAAAGAUGUGGAUGCCACCUGCAGUGACUUUGAUUUUGGAACAGCUUUGCAUAUUGCUGCUUUUAACCUAUGUACAGGAUCUGUCAAGUGUUUACUGGAACAUGGAGCAAAUCCUGCCUUUAGGAAUGACAAGGGGCAGAUUCCAGCCGAUGUGGUUCCUGAUCCUGUAGAUAUGCCACUGGAAAUGGCUGAUGCAGCAGCCAGUGCGAAAGAAAUCAAGCAGAUAUUGCUGGAUGCAGUGCCUCUCUCAUGUGACAUCUCAAAAGCCAUGAUUCCAAACUAUGAUCAUAUCACAGGCAAGGCCAUGCUUCUGUCACUUGGCCUCAAACUGGGAGACCGUGUUGUUAUUGCAGGGCAGAAGAUUGGUACUUUAAGAUUUUGUGGCACAACUGAGUUUGCUAGUGGCCAGUGGGCUGGCAUAGAACUGGAUGAACCGGAAGGGAAGAACAAUGGGAGUGUUGGAAAAGUCCAGUACUUCAAGUGUGCGCCAAAACGCGGUAUCUUUGCACCUCUUUCUAAAAUAAGCAAGGCUUCUGAUCACAAAAAAAGCUCGGUACGAACUUCUUCUAUGCGGUCUUCACCUUUGGUUAAAUCCAAGAAAAUAGAUGUGACGCACAUAACUUCUAGAGUGAAUUCUGGCCUAGCUACACUAAAAAAAGACAGUGGUUCUGAAACCACCUUUAUGACUGCAGACAAGGCAAAAACUGUACCUGCAAAAAAAGCUUUUCUUGGAUCCAGCAGCUCUUCCUCUUCUGCUACCUCCUUAGAAGGCAAACAGAACUAUUCCAAAAAACGGACCUCAACCAGCAACAAUAAAAGAGCAGUUAUUAGAGCAGUUUCUGCCUCAUCUAAAAUUAAUGCUGCUAUGAGGAAAAAUCCUUCUGAGGAGAGAGAAAUUCAGCUUGGAGACAGAGUGCUCGUGGUGGGACAGAGAACAGGCACGGUUAGAUUCUAUGGGACGACAGAGUUUGCACCAGGAUUCUGGUGUGGCAUUGAGUUGGACAAACCUCAUGGCAAGAAUGAUGGGUCAGUGGGAGGUGUCCAGUACUUCCACUGUCUUCCCAGGCACGGCGUGUUUGCCCCCCCGUCCCGGGUACAGAGAUUAACAGGUUCUCUGGAUUCUCUCACAGAAACUUCACUGAAUAGACUAAAUCACAGUUUUCCAGGUUUUAGGCGCAGUUUAAGCACAACUUCUGCAUCUUCGCAGAAAGAGAUAAACAGGAGAAACUCCUUUGUUCGAUCCAAGAGCUCUGUGUUAAGGCGCAGCUGGAGCAACGCUGCCACAGCUAAUGCCGAGGGACCAGUGAAGUUGCACGAAGGCUCUCAGGUGCUUCUGACCAGCUCCAAUGAAAUGGGGACGAUCAGGUACAUUGGUCCUACAGAAUUUGCUCCAGGGAUAUGGCUUGGACUUGAGCUCAGAAGUGCCAAGGGAAAGAACGACGGGUCUGUGGGGGAGAAGCGCUACUUCACCUGCAAACUGAACCAUGGGGUCUUGGUUCGACCCAGUAGAGUAACCUAUCGUGGGAUUAACGGGGCGAAACUUGUGGAUGACAUUUGCUGAGCCAAAAUGUGCGAAUGCAAUGGGAAAUAGGUUUUAAA